GACGCACUUGCACUUUUCCGCUAUCGAUUCCCGCAAGAGCGCUUUCUUCUUUACAGUGCAAUCUAUCGCCACUCACAAUCAGACAUGGGUGUCCUCGAUAUCGUUCCAGCUGGUGUCUUGACUGGUGACAAUGUUCGCAAAUUGUUCGACUAUGCCAAAGAAAACAAGUUCGCGAUCCCGGUGAGUAACGUGACUUCAUCGUCUACCGCUAACGCCGUUCUCGAAGCUGCGAGAGACAUCAAAUCCCCCAUCAUCCUCCAAGUCUCUCAAGGAGGAAGCGCAUACUUUGCUGGAAAAGGUCUCGCAAACGACAAGCAGCAAGCCUCGAUCACCGGUGCAAUCGCCGCUGCCCACCACAUUCGGACCGUUGCAAAGCAGUACGGCGUCCCCGUCGUUCUCCACAGUGACCACUGUGCGCACAAACUUCUUCUUUGGUUCGAUGGCAUGCUUGCUGCCAAUGAGGAAUACUACAAACAGCACCAAGAGCCUCUUUUCUCCUCCCACAUGCUUGACCUCUCCGAAGAGCCCAAAGAAGAGAACAUCGCCACUUGCGUUAAGUACUUCAAGCGUAUGGCCCCUCUCGGUAUCUGGCUCGAAAUGGAGAUCGGUAUCACCGGAGGAGAGGAAGAUGGUGUCGACAACACGGGAGUAGAUAAUGCUAGUCUUUACACUCAGCCCGAAGAUAUCUACGAUGUUUACACUGCUCUGAGUGCCGUUGGACCGAACUUCAGUAUCGCAGCUGCGUUCGGCAACGUGCAUGGGGUGUACAAGCCCGGUAACGUUAAACUACAGCCCGCUUUGUUAGGCAAGCACCAGGCAUACACCAGUGCCAAAUUGGGAGGGAAGCCAGAACAGCCAUUGUACCUCGUCUUCCACGGUGGCUCGGGUUCAACCAAGGAAGAGAUCAAGACUGCAGUCCAGAAUGGUGUAGUCAAGAUGAACGUUGAUACUGACACGCAAUUUGCGUACUUGGCUGGUAUCAGGGACUUCGUCACAAAAAAGAAGGAUUAUCUUCAGACUCAAGUUGGUAACCCUGAAGGUGCCGACAAGCCCAACAAGAAGUUCUAUGACCCCCGUGUCUGGGUGCGCGAGGGUGAGAAGACUUUAUCUGAGCGGGUGAAGGAAGCAUGCGUCGACCUUGGUAACGUUGAUCGUUUGUAAUUGAUCUAUUUUUAUUCGUGGCUAUCUUUUUCGAGUGUUGUAACAAAGAUACAGAAGUCAUAACAUUAUAGAGUUGUAUUGUCGAUGUGUAACUCCCCUUUGUUGUAUUCUUGCGAAGAGAACGUGCACUUGGAUAACAUUUGUUUCAUUACAAUGUUGCUGCUCAGAGAGCAUCUAAAG